UCUCUUUCUUAGCCGGAAAGCUGUGGAAAUGUCAAGCUAUUUUAUUCUUUUAUAUCUCUGCCUUUGAACCCGGACCGCUUUGUGUUAAUCUUUUCAUCUUACUGUAGGUCUUUCCUAAAUGGAUUCAGCUGCUUUUGUGGCUUUAAGGAUUUGAAACUUCAAGCUGCUUUUCAACUUCAGUUUCUUCCAGUUAUGCAGUUGUGCUUCUGUUGUAUUGUAUAGUGACCAUGUUGUAGUGUCAGUGACCCUUCAGAUUUAGACUUUAAACCAGUGUCCUGAACGACACCAGACCGGUCUCAAUGAUUUCUCCACUGGAAAUUAUUCUGAACCUGAUAACACCAGACUCUUCUCCAUCUACCUCUCCGACAAAUACUAUCGAGAGGCUGGAGGGCAGUCUGGCUCAGGCAGCAUUCUGCAAUGUGGACGGCUCACAGGCGGGCUCUGAGGAUUCGCCGCUCGACCCUCAGCGCACUCGGCAGGCCAUAGCGCAGCUCCAGCAGAAGAUCCUGAGGCUGACGGAGCAGCUGCGCAUCGAGCAGGCAGCGAGUGAUGAAAAUGUAGCCGAGUACCUCAAGCUCGCCAACAACACCAACGACAAGCAGCAGAGUUGCCGGCUUAAACAGGUUUUCGAGAAGAAAAACCAGAAGUCCGCGGCAACUAUCGCACAGCUGCAGCGCAAGCUGGAGCACUACCGGCGCCGGCUCCGUGAAGCUGAGCACGGCGGCGACACGACACGGCAACCCAAAGGUGUGCUGCGUGAUGUCCAGCAGGGUCUACGCGACGUAGGUGCACGGGUUAUCACAGGCCUCAACGACGGCGUGGUGAGCAGUGUUCGAGGCGGCCUGUCAAGUUUCUCACAUGCUACACACACAGCAGCUGGUGCAGUGGCCUCCAAGCCACGUGAGAUCGCCUUGCUUCUGCGCAGCCGCUUCGGCAGCGCAGAUAACAUUAGUGCCCUGAAGGAUGGAGAAGAUAAUAACGGUGCCACCACCAGUGGGCAGUUGCAGGGCAGCCCACGGUUUGGCAGUGAGGAGGACUGCUCGAGCGCUACAUCGGGAUCAGCCGGUGCCAACAGCGUGACAGGGGGAGUCGGCGGGCCACCGAGCUCUAAGGGGAACACUCUGGAGCGGGGAAGUAGCACAGGCAUGGAGAUGCUGAUACAGGAGGUGCAGGAGCUCAGGGAAGUUCAGGCUCGUUUGGACGAAACUAUGGAGGAGCUGAAGGUCCAAUACCAGCGGGAAUACUCACUGUCAUUGCGAACACUACAGGAGGAGCGGUUCAGGUGUGAGCGGCUGGAGGAGCAACUGAACGACCUGACAGAGCUUCACCAGAAUGAGAUUCUGAACCUGAAACAGGAACUGGCCAGCAUGGAAGAGAAAAUGGCUUAUCAGUCCUAUGAGAGAGCUCGAGACAUACAGGAGGCGCUGGAGGCCUGUCAGACCCGUAUCUCAAACAUGGAGCUACAGCAGCAGCAGCAGCAAGUGGUGCAGCUCGAAGGCCUGGAGAACGCCACGGCGCGCGCCCUGCUCGGCAAGCUCAUCAACGUCCUUCUCGCCCUCAUGGCGGUCCUCCUGGUAUUCGUAUCCACCGUGUCUAACUGCGUGUCGCCCAUGAUGAAAACGCGCAGCCGCUCCUUCUCCACGCUCCUCCUCCUCCUGCUCUUCACCUUGCUGUGGAGGAACUGGGACACACUCUCAGGACACACACUUCAGUUUCUGCACAUGCCGAGAUGACGCUGACGCUGCCCGAGACGCAGCGCCGUGGUGCUUUGAACAUCGGGAAGCCACAGCCAGAAACCGUCAACCAUCAAAAUUCAUCUGUGAAUAUAGACUUCCUUUUUGAAAGGAAAAGGUGUAUACGUUUACAUUUUGGAAGUAUGAAUGAAUUAAAAGUCAGCCUUUUCUUGCAGCACCUCUUUUAUUAGGAUGCUGUAAUAAAGAAUGGACGAUAUUCCAUCGAUUUAUAACAAAUUUUGUUUUUAUAUCAUAAUCAGUUGUAUGUAGCAUCAAAGUCCCGUUACUGAAACAGGUGAUGGGAAUUGAUUUGGAUGUUGCACUCAAACGUUCCUCCUCUUUCUCUGCCUGUUUUAUUUGAAAAUAAAUCUUACUGGCUGCCUUUAAGGGAGGAGUGUAUGCACUUUGAGCUGUGUUCAGCAGUGUUAGCCUACUCUGCCAUCACUUUGUUCACUGCACUGGAUUUAACAUUGAAGGGGAAACCUGAAUGGACUGAUGGACAUACUUGAAGAGAGUGGUACUUUAGGGACCUUUCUGUGCUUCCAUAUCGUUUCUAUUAGCAAUGUAUUACCACUUUCAGGACCUUUAUAGUAUAUGAA